AUGAACAAGAACACCGGCUUCAACACCGAUUCUGAUGCCGACGCCGAUGCCGAUGCUGAUGCUGAUGCCGAUGCCGAUGUCAACGCCGACGCUACACACGAGCUAGACACGAUUACGGUUGCUUUUUCUGCCAUUAUAGCGAAGCUCCGGCUAACCGUCGACCGCUACCCUAACGCGUCACACCAGCUCGAGACAUGGAGUAUCUCUGCCCAUCAGGAGAUUAAGGCACGUUUCUAG